CCGAUGACGACGCUCCUCGUACUAUUUCGACAAAAAUUCGCAAUGUCUUCAUCAUCUAAUAGACGGCGAACUUCGCGCAACCGAGAUGGACUUGCUUUUCGAAUUGACGCCAUCGAAGACGACCUUAAUAUGGUUAAGUCUCGCCAUGCUCAACAGCUUCAAGAGCUGAACAAGCGGCUUGCCGAGUUAGAGGAGAAGAUUUUCGAAGAAGUCGAAGAUAGCCGAUAUUCCCACGAUGAUAAUUCAGCUCCAAGCGAAAUCAACAACAACCUUGCCCCAAUGAGGCUCCUGGCACGGAAGCUAGCUUUUCAGGCUGUUCGUGCAGCUGUUCGCGAAAUUACGAAUGGCCAAGGGUUGAAGGCGUUCUGGCGUUAAGUGUGACAUGAGGGAUAACUUGAGGCGGGUAGAGGGCGCCUAUUCAGGCACGGCUAAACGCUACUUUCAUUUUCAAAAUCCAGGAUUUGGACUUCCCGAUCCCGAUAACCUUUGCAACAUUAAUACACGCACAUCCAUAUACAAAUAUAUAACAAUCUCUCCCUUGACACUUCUCUAUAAUUCUCCAUAACAAGUACAAUGGCGACUGUGCCGCCACUGAAGUUAUAUACAGUUCGUUUCGAUGACAUGUUUCAAGCAAAGUCCGAACACACGAAACUGCCCCAAAGUCCUCAUCCAGCACGGCAGCGAAACACAAAAGCAGGGAUACUAUGGCAGAUAGUACUACAUCUUAGCUGGGUGGCAAAAUGGAUGGAUAUCAGUCGUAUGAGGAGAAUGCACGAUAAUAAGCAGUGAUCUUGAUUUGGAUAAUAG